CUGGGUUCAUGGUAAUUGACAUGCUACGAGGGAUAUUAAUUUUAUCACAUAACGGCGGAUAGUUUUGUCGGAAAUGAAUUCCAGUGGAAGAGGAUCUUGUGAUUCAACCCAACUUGCAGCCAGUGGUGAUGGCGAUUCCAUUAAAGUUUUUGUGCGAGUGCGUCCUUUUACCCAGGGUACCGGGCUAAUCACAGAUGGAGAUCAGAAUCUGUGUCUCACAGUCACCUCACACAACACCAUCCGUCUGCUCUCAAAACCAGAACCACGAACCUUCACCUAUGAUCAUGUCGCAGACAUGGACACAUCUCAGGACUCUGUAUUCUCCACUGUGGCCAAGAAUAUAGUUGAGUCUUGCAUGAAUGGAUACAAUGGUACUAUAUUUGCCUAUGGACAGACUGGCUCAGGAAAAACAUUCACCAUGCUUGGGCCAUCUGAUUUGGAUAACUUCACAGAUGAACUACGGGGAGUUAUUCCUCGAAGUUUUGAGUACCUGUUUUUUCUCAUCAACAGGGAAGUGGAAAAGUCUUCCCACUCCAGGAGUUUCCUUUGCAAAUGUUCAUUUAUUGAGAUAUACAAUGAACAAAUUUAUGACCUUCUGGACACAGCCUCAGCCAGCCUUUUUCUCAGGGAGAACAUCAAGAAGGGUGUGUUUGUAGAAGGAGCUGUGGAGAAGUUUGUUAACUCAGCUGCUGAAGCUUACCAGGUUCUCUCUAUGGGCUGGCGUAAUCGGCGAGUGGCCUCCACCUCUAUGAACCGUGAGUCUUCCAGAUCUCAUGCAGUGUUCACCAUGGCUUUGGAGUCCAAAGAGUCUAUGAACGAAGUGGUGAACAUCCGAACAUCUCAGCUGAACCUUGUGGAUCUGGCAGGUUCUGAGAGACAGAAAGACACACAUACAGAGGGCUCUAGACUCAAGGAGGCCAGUAGUAUCAAUCGCUCCCUAAUGUGUUUGGGUCAGGUGAUCAUGGCACUGGUGGAUGUGUCUAAUGGGAAGAACCGCCACAUCUGCUACAGGGAUUCUAAACUCACCUUCUUGCUAAGAGACUCUCUUGGAGGAAAUGCAAAGACUUACAUCAUAGCCAAUGUACACCCUGGUUCAAGGUGUUUUGGUGAGACAUUGUCCACGCUGCACUUUGCCCAGAGAGCAAAGUUGAUCAAGAAUAAGGCUGUAAUCAAUGAAGACACUCAGGGAAAUGUGAGGCAGCUGCAAGCUGAAGUAAAGAAGCUGAAGGAGCAGCUUGCACAGGCACUGGCUUCUCAGGCAGUGGACUAUGGGAGAGAUAUAGCACCAGGAGGACCCAUACUCCCCUUGGGUCCAUCCUUAGAAGUUCAGCAUGAUGUCUCAUAUAAAGGAAAGUUUAUGGCUGCCGUUUGUCUAUGGAGGAAGCGAGAAGAGGAGAAAAGGAUGCUACUUGAGAAGGUGGCCAAGCUUGAGGAGGCUUGGGCACAAAAAGACAAGUUCAUCCAUUCCAGCCGAAUGAUUGUCAGAUUUCGUGAAGACCACAUCUCUCGCCUGGAGAAAAAAUUGAAGGCAGGACAAGGUUUGCUGUCAGACAAAGAGUCUCAGGCUCUGAUUGACCAGCUGAAAGAAGAAAUUAAGAUCUUGAGAGAUCAGGUUGAGCAUCACCCAAAAAUGACUCGAUAUGCAGCAGAGAAUUUCAGCCUCAGACAGGAGAACCGUCAACUCCGUUCUCUUGAAACACUAAUGAAAGCUGAAGAGGUAGAAGCUCAAAUUUCUGCCGACCUUGAAGAAGCCUUCCAGAGUGCUGUUGAGUGUGAAAGACUCACAGAGUCAGCCUCUUCAACUCCCAUGGCUGCAGAUACUGCUUCAGCAUCUACAACUGAGAAACUGAAGACUCAGUUGCUUCAAAAACAGUCCGACCUUACAGCCGCCCUUCAGGCUUUUGAGGAGUACAAAGAAAUCACCAAGAAACAGUUGUCUCAGCUAGAGUCUGAGAAAAGAUACCUUGACAAGUCCAACAGGCACUUGGAAAAAAUUUUGGAAGCCACAAAUGCAUACAAAAACCAGGAGGUCUCUGAGUUGAACAGAAUUCACGUUGAAACUAUAAAGAUUCUCACCACGCCCACCAAAGCAUACAGCUUGCGGCCUUGUAUCGUGCCUCUCUCAAGCCCGGAACACCUGAAUGGGACAGAAAAUAAUGACAUCUGGGAUGAGCAGCCUCCUUCAGACAUGGCUGAAAUGGCCUUGACUGAGGAGCUGUGCCAAGUGCAGGAGCAAGCUAGUCGUGUCCAGACACAGUUGAACGAGGAAGAGCUAGAAAACAGCAAGUUGUUACAGCAAAUUGCAAAACUGGAGGAGCAGAUCACUCUAAUAUCACAAGAGUCUGACCGCAAGGAUGAGCUACUUUCUAUUGAGAGAGCAAGCAGGAAGACAGACCAACUCAACCUGCAAGGAACUCUCAGUGAGCUCCAACAGAGUCUUCAGUCUGAACAGCAAGCUGCAGAAGUUCUGAGGAGUGAGAUCCGUGACCUACGUCUGUUGCUGCAGUCGUCUGAUAAAGAGCUGGCCUCUCUUAAGAACGAGCUCAGAGGUAGUCAGAGCAAGCAGCAGGGAGAGAUUGACCAGCUCUCCAAAAGUCUGAUCAGCACACAGCUCCAACUUGACAAAGUCCAGCUUGAGUAUGAGCAGCUACUGGAGCAGCAUCGGACACUGCAGGAUUCCUUUGACCAGCUGCAAGCUGAGGCCAAGUUUGAAGUCGAUCAGGCAAGGCAGCAACUGCAGAACAGGCAGCAAGAGAUUGAUGAACUGAAGGCACAGCUCAUGGAAUUGAAUAUGUCUCUGCAGACUGAACAAGAACAUACAAGCACCCUGAUCUCUCAGUUGAGAGAAAACAAAGAAAGCACAUCAAAAGAACUUGUUGAAACUAUGGAGCAAAAUGCACAGUUCAGAAGACAAGUGUCAGACCUGGCAGCACAAAAUCACCAGCAGAUGUCCAAACUUGUUGAUCUUGAGCAACGUUUGACCUCUGCCAAUGAAGUGAUAAAGACCGGGGAGCAGAAGAUUGAACAGGACAAAGAUGUUGUUCUAGAUCUGAUUAACCAAACCAGAGAGCUCCGCGCUGAGCUGAGCCAGAAGGAUCAGACCAUUAUCCACCUAUCGGGAGAUAUCAAAGAUAUCACAGCCAAGUACCAUGCUGCCUGCCUUGAAAGGGAGGAUAUCAGGGAGCAAAACUCCAAGAUACAGCUAGAAAUCUGCAACCUGAAAGAAACUGUUGCCAGAAUAGCAGCAUCCAACAAGAUAGAGGUCGAAGUGUUGCAAGAAGAGCUUGCUUACACCAAUGAGGAAGUUGAGAGGCUCACUAAGGUCUUAGAUGAGCAGAGCAGCCUUCUCCAAGCAUCUCAGGAGCAAACAGCCCAGAAGGAUGUCAUGAUACAGAAUCUACAGCUGAAGGUGCAACAGCAGCAAGAAGCUGUAGAGAAAACUAUCAGAAAUGGAAGUUUCAAACCCCUUGUUGAGCCGACAGUCACACCUAAAUCAUUACCUCGGACGCCUCGUACUCCAGGAAGCUUUGGCAGAGACCUCACCCAGGUGCUACAGAGCCAGGAGAUGGAGCUGGAGAACCGACGCUCCUCCAUGAUGACCAUGGAGAUUCUUUUAGCAGAGCUGAAUGCAGAAAGGGCUGCCAAGAAUGAGGAGAUCCAAAGACUUAGGACGCAGCUGAAUGAGAAAGAGAUUAUCCAAAUGGAGAUCCAGACUUUGCUUGACACAUUUUACGACAAGCAGAGACAGAGUGGGAAUAACAAUGGCGAGAUGAAUGACGCCUUCAAGCAAUCCUUACUUAAAGAGCUGCAGGAGGAGAGAGCAGAGAAGAACGAAAUAAUGGAGAAGCUGUCUGAUACACAUAAAAGACUGCAGGCACAGGAGUCGAUGUUAGCCCAGUCUCAGACCUGUGUUCAGGAGCUGACCUCUGAGCUGCGGAACCGCUGUUUAGAGUUAAGAGAGCUGAACCAGAGGAUCCAGGAUGAGGAGAGGCUACUCCAGGAGAAUGAGGUUCUCCGUAAGCAGAACAUUAAGCUGUCAGAGGAGAAUGGAAAACUUGUGGGACAUAAAAACCACAAACAGAGAAUUGAAUAUCUGGUCAAGCUGAAAAAGGACAACACCAAACUUCAAGAGGAAAAUGAAAAGCUCCGAACAGAGAUUAGCUUAAUGCAAGACAGCACUGGAUGUCCUCUGCUGGAGAUGACAUGAAUUCAUCAUUUCUAAGAGUUUGAAUUGAGGUGAACUUACAUCCUUCCUGCUAAUGACUUGAUCUUCUGUUUUAAUGGGUUUGAUUUUUUUUUCUUUCUGUUUUUUAUUUUCCACAAAUCUCACACAGAGACUUAAACCAACAAGAAACUGACUGUACUCACUGUAAUGUCGUUGAAUCCAAAACCUGGUUUAGUUCAUUUGCUUGUCACUCCAUUGUUUGUUCCUCACAUUGUUUUGGGAUGAAUAAACAUGUCACCCAAUGCAGCAUUGUGGCUCAAUGCUAUGUUUUAAUAGUUGUCAGACAUCAGUGGAAGUCAACAAACCAGAAAAAUGAGCUAAACCAAAUUUAUAGACAUUACAUUGAGUACACAAAAUCCACUGUUGGUUUUAGUAUCAGUAUGGGAUUUGUGGAAAAUGACCAAAAAUAGAAAGACGAUGUGAUUCAUGAAUGGUCCUUUUUUAUUCGGGGAAUGUCUAGUAAUGAUUUGGCAUACUGUACCUUUACAUUGAUCUGCCAUUGCUACUGCAUGGACAGGCCAGCUGUGAUGAAACUUCCAUUAGUGCAGCUUCAACCUUGGUCUUGCUUUAGAUGUACAUUAAUACAUUUAGUCACAGUUCUCAGACUAACUCAGGAAGUUAGAAUGAUGCUGCAUAACUUCACUGUGAAAAUUGAAUAUUUCCGUGUUCAUACAUUUUUGGAUACUUGUAGCAGGUGCUGUAACGUUACUUUUUUUGAAUUACUGUAAUUAAAGAUACAUUACAUCUA